AUGGAUUCGUUAGUGGCCGGUGCUGCGGCGGGUCUUUUCGUAGACCUUAGCCUUUACCCGAUCGACACCAUAAAGACGCGGUUGCAGUCAAAAGAGUGGCUUCUUCGCGGCCGGUGGGUUUUCAAGAAUCUACAAAGGCCUCAGUGCGGUGGCGGUUGGAUCUAUCCCAGGCGGAGCCGCUUUUUCGCGUACGAUAGCGUGAAGCGCGCGUUGCUAAGCCUGAACAAUGUCACCAUCACCAACAACGCCACCACCGAGAUGAGCCUUUCGAUCUUCGCAUCACAGAUGGUUGCGGCGGCUUGUGGAGAGUCCACCGCGUGCUUCAUCCGCGUACCGGUGGAAAUGGUCAAGCAACAGAUGCAGGCAGGCCACCACCGGUAUUCGGCUUUACAACACAUUACAAACAAUGUCGCACCAGGCGCUGCUGGCGAUUCAGUUCUCCGUAUUCGACUGACCGGAGUGCCGUAUCUUCAAAGGGAUUGCCAUCAUGCUCCUGCGUGA